AUGUGUUCGCUCUUUUCGAUAUUCGGGCGGCCCGCCGCCGAUAUGCUGCUGCUCAGCAUGACCAUCCUCUGCCUCCUCGCCGGCCAGACCUACGGUAUCACCAAGAUCCGGGACGGUGCUGAUCCAACAGUUAUGAAGGUUGGAGACAGCUGGUACUCGGCUGAGUCUGCCGGAGGUGGCAUCUGGGUCCGCAAGGCUUCUUCCAUCACCGGCCUCGGCGCUUCUGACGUUGAGCGUAAGGAGGUUUGGUCCGACCCCAACGGGCUCGGCGCCGUCUGGGCCCCCGAGAUCACCACCGAGGACGGCAAGACAUACAUCUAUUUCGCUGCCGGAGAGAGUGAGAAGCACCGCAUGUAUGUCAUCAGCGCGUCCGAUCCCAUUGGCAACUACGGCGGCGAGACGAAGUUGGCCCUCCCCGACGACCGAUGGGCCAUCGAUGGCGUUUACUUCCGAUUUAAUAACAAGCGAUGGUUCGUGUGGUCAGGAUGGGCUGGCACAGAGAACAUCGAGCAGAACCUGUACAUCUGCGAGAUGGAGAGCCCAACUAAGCCCAUCGGUGCUCGAUACAUCAUCUCGCAACCUCGCGAGUCAUGGGAGCUUAUUGGUAACGACAAGCCUCUCAUCAACGAGGGUCCCGAAGCCAUCGUUGAUCCCAAUGGCCAGCUUCACAUUGUCUACUCAGCCAACGGCAGCUGGGGCAGCAAGUACUGUCUCGCUGAUCUCCGUCUCAAGGCUGGUGGUGACCCCACCUACGUCUGGGAUUGGUACAAGUCAAAUGGAUGUCUCUUCGGCUCUGACCAAGCUGCUAUGAUGAACGGCUGGGACGCUACCCUCUACGUCAACGGCCCUGGUCACCACACCUUCGCCCUGACUGAUGGUGAUGUCGGCAAGAGCCCAGUCACCACCGAGAGGGUUCCCUUUGUCUUCCACGCUGUUCUCAAGGGGACUGACUACUCAUGGGCCAACCGUGACUGGUUCCCUGGCACCUAUGUCUGGUGGGGCAAGAUCACUUACAGCCGAAAGAACGUCCCAGGAGACAAUGAGAACACUGGAUACAGUUUCAAGUUCUUUGAGUAG